AUUGGGCCUCAAUCGAUGAGAACUGUUGAGAAUUCUAGAUCCUUCUGUAAUUCAGUUUCCAAUGGGAAUGAAAACAAACGCCUACCUCUCAGCUACAUCUCAAAGUGUUUCGACUUUAGAUCUGGACCGUCCAUUUUCACCCAUAUAAGUCAAUCUCUAACCACUCCUAUACCCCUCUCUCUUUCUCGCCGUCUCGCGUGCGCUCUUGUGGCUCUCUUCAACCCUCGCAUAUCCAUUCAAGAUCUGUUAAAAAAAAAGAUGUUUGGGAGAGCACCAAAGAAAAGCGAUAAUACCAAAUACUAUGAGAUAUUGGGUGUAUCGAAGAACGCCUCCCAAGAUGAUUUGAAGAAGGCUUAUAGAAAAGCUGCUAUUAAGAACCAUCCUGAUAAGGGUGGUGACCCUGAAAAGUUUAAAGAGUUGGCUCAAGCUUAUGAGGUGCUGAGUGACCCGGAGAAGCGUGAGAUAUAUGACCAAUAUGGUGAGGACGCCCUUAAAGAAGGAAUGGGUGGAGGUGGUGGUGCCCAUGACCCAUUUGAUAUCUUCCAAUCAUUCUUUGGAGGCAAUCCUUUUAGUGGCGGUGGAAGCAGCAGAGGCCGAAGACAAAGAAGGGGAGAGGAUGUAAUCCACCCCCUCAAGGUUUCUUUGGAAGAUCUCUACAAUGGAACAUCCAAAAAGCUUUCUCUUUCACGCAACAUAAUUUGCUCUAAGUGCAAGGGCAAAGGGUCCAAGUCAGGUGCAUCAAUGAAAUGUUCUGGCUGUCAAGGUUCUGGAAUGAAAGUUUCCAUCAGACAACUUGGUCCUGGCAUGAUCCAACAAAUGCAGCAUCCUUGCAAUGAUUGUAAGGGUACUGGUGAGACCAUCAAUGACAAGGAUCGCUGCCCACAGUGCAAAGGUGAGAAGGUUGUGCAGGAGAAGAAAGUCUUGGAGGUUAUUGUUGAAAAGGGUAUGCAGAAUGGACAGAGGAUUACUUUCCCAGGAGAAGCUGAUGAAGCACCUGACACAGUCACUGGGGACAUUGUAUUUGUCCUACAGCAGAAAGAUCAUUCCAAAUUUAAAAGAAAGGGUGAUGACUUAUUUGUAGAGCAUACAUUGACACUUACUGAAGCACUUUGUGGCUUCCAGUUUAUACUGACCCACCUAGAUGGCAGACAACUCCUCAUCAAGUCACAACCUGGGGAAGUGGUUAAGCCUGAUCAAUUCAAGGCCAUAAAUGAUGAAGGAAUGCCUAUGUAUCAAAGGCCAUUCAUGAGGGGUAAACUGUACAUUCACUUCACGGUUGAUUUUCCCGACUCCUUAACCCCCGACCAGUGCAAGGCACUAGAGGCUGUUCUACCUCCAAGGACCUCAGUCCAGCUGACUGACAUGGAGCUGGAUGAGUGUGAGGAAACCACUCUACACGAUGUUAACAUUGAGGAAGAGAUGCGUAGGAAGCAGGCACAGGCUCAAGAGGCUUAUGAGGAAGAUGAGGACAUGCAUGGUGGUGCCCAGAGGGUGCAAUGCGCUCAGCAAUGAUAGAACAAAUGUCAGUGCAGGCGGUGGCUUGGCUGAGGAAUUGGCCUGAUGUGGGAAGGUACGGAAUGUAUUAUGCUUUAACAAAAUUACUUGAGAAUCAGAUUCUCAACAUUAUUGUUGUUUGCUAGUCUUUUUAUAUAGAGUACAAGUUUUUCCUAGUGGAAUUCGUGUGAUAUGUUUUGGAAACUGAUAAUGUAUGGAAGGAUUUAGCUUUGGAACUUGACAUACUUGUUAUCGUAUACCACCUUUUGCUUCGUGUGAUGUUUGGAAUA